GAUAGAUAUACUCUCAGGAUGAUUACUGCAAUCUCUCAUAUCAAUCUCCUGGUUCCUCCAGGGACAUUAAAUGACGCGUAUACAUUCUAUGUGGAUACAUUGGGGCUGACUGCUGCUCCGGUCCCCCAGUUACAGAAAGAGACAACUGCCUGGUUUAAUAUCACACCAGAUGGAAAGCAGCAAAUCCACAUUGCAUUCGGACAGAAUGAACCGGAUUCUCCUCGCCAUCCCUGCCUUCGGGUAGCCUCGUUGGACGACCUGCAAAAGCUGCAGCAACGAAUAUACGAUCACCAUCUUCGAGGCGGCUCGGCUGCUCCUCUACAGGCGGAUCUACCGAAUGAAUGUUCAGGGGAAAAGGGGGUCGAAUACCCGGCACGCUUCUUCGCCAGAGAUUACGCAGGAAACCGUCUUGAGUUCAGUUUAUAAUUAGCAAAGGUAGAAACUUUUGUUUGAGACUUUGUCCCAGUUCUUUCCAUCGUUUGCCAGUGUGAAUACAAGGAGUGCGCCUGCCGCGUGACUCGCAAUGGAAGUCAACUGCAUUGGUGCUAUCUAAGGAAACAUCCUGGUCAGUAAGACACCUCAUUUACAAUUUGUGGAGUCGCAAAAUAUGCUCCCCUGGCCCUCCUGGCUUAACAUUCAUGGGUGGGAGUUAGAGUAGCUGGAUACCUCAAGCCUGCCUAGUCAGCUUCGGUAGUACACUGGAGAGUCCUGACUCCUGGUCCAUAGAUAACAGCCCGGUGUUUGAUGGAUGCCGCUGUUUUAUUGUUCUCUAGAAGUGAAGGGAGUGCUAUAAUCUCUCUAUAAAGCGAGGCUU